GGAACCGAUCAGUUUAUGUGCUUGCUCUUAAAGCAUUCCGAUUAUCAACAUGUUCGGUCAUGCUGCACCUCCUGCUGAAGACGUUGAUACAGUCGGGGACCGCGCUAAUGUGGUCCGCUUAUGUACAGUGGUUCCCCCGAACUGUGCCGCAGUUUUUGUGAAAGUGGUGGAUAGGACUUCAACUGAAUCAUACAAAGACCGUUUGGCCAAAUACAUCAUCGAAGAGGCUGAACGUCGCGGGGACUUGAAACCCGGUAUGACUAUAGUCGCGGCUACAGAUGGGAGCACAGGUUUUUCUCUUGCUUUCGCCUGUAUCCUCAAGAAAUAUCCACUUACGAUUGUUUCCUCCAACGCCUUUGAUGUGGAAAAAUUAAGGUCUUUGGAGGGCCAUGGGGCUCUUAAGUUAGAUCUUGUCUAUAGUUCCUCGGGAAUUACACCAGACCUGAUUCCUUCAAUGGUGCACCGUGCAAAAGAACUUGCACAAGGCGAUGGGUACUAUCUCGCUGAUCAAUUCCAUAACGAGGAUACUUGUAUUGAAUACGAGACUAUGGGCCGAGAGCUGCUUAACCGGUUUCCUGAAGGGAUUGAUGCGUUUUGUGGUGCGGUGGGUGGUGCGGGGAUAGCGAUGGGUAUAGCUAAGAUACUGAAGUCGAAGUGGCCAGAAAUUUUUAUUGCAAUGCCUGAACCAGCAUCCUCGCCGACCAUUAGAGAGAGUCGUCCAGGGGCACAUAGUGUUGAAGGUAUUGGCUUUUACCCGCCGCAUCCAGAUUGGAAACUCUGCAAUGAAGUAUGCGCUGUUCCGGAGGAAGAAGGGCAUGAUAUGUAUCGUCGUCUGGUCAAAGAGGAAUGCUUGUCGGUUGAAGCGCCAACUGGCUUCAAUGUGGCUGCGGCGAUUGCUUUGGCCAAGCGUCUUGGUCCUGGGAAGCAAGUUGUGACUGUUGCCGUACAAUAUGGAGUAAAGAACACGAGUAGUAACUGGUUUACUUAA